AUGGAGCCACAUAUGAUUCAAAAUGUAGAAGCUCAAAAUUCAGCUUCUAAAAGGCUAGUAGGUAAGGUGGCAGUUAUAACAGGUGGUGCCAGAGGAAUUGGUGCAGCCACAGCAAAAUUAUUUGCAGAAAAUGGAGCACAUGUCAUAAUUGCUGAUGUUCUAGAUGAAGAAGGCACCAAAGUUGCUGAAUUAAUUGAUGGACUCUACAUACAUUGUGAUGUGUCCAAAGAAUCUGACAUUGAAUCAGCUACAAAUGUCUACUUCACUGGAUGUAACUGUGAAAGGGCAGUAAGAAAAGGAAUAUGCCUUCAUGAAAAGGAAUAG